AUGGACUUCCCAGACUCCUCCACCGCUGCCGACGGCAACGCCAACGGCCGCUACCCCGGACAACCUUACUGCCAAUCCGACCAAGACAACGACAACCCUACUGCUGCUGCUGCUGCUGCUGCUACUGCUGGAAUUGUUAGUAACGGCGACAAUGGUAGUACCGCCACCGCCACCGCCACCGACACUGAUGCCGACCUGCCCGGCCAGCCAAAAGACCGCAUCACCAUCAUCCUCCGCUACGGAAGAGGCUUUUCGCAAACUUAUAAACUGAAGCCUACGACUGAUGUUCGGAAGCCUAUUUUGAGCGAUCACCUGACUCGCUUCGGUUCUUGA